UACCAGCAGCGCAGCAGAGUGCGUGAUUUGGUAGCCGCUGCAGUAGGAGGAAGGACCGCGGUUCUACCCCUUGUAUCUUUCAGUUUCGCCUCGAAAUUAUAUCGGUGGCCCCUUCUGAUAGCCAUCAGUGAUUUGAGUGAACAGUGACGGUAUUCUAUGAGCUAUAUUUCGUAGUAUUACCCGCCGGACAGUGACAUCAAUCGCCAUUUUAAUCGCACGUUUUCCGUGACAGCAGCGCUAACACAACAAUGGCUCUGAAAAGAAUUCACAAGGAAUUGAAUGACUUGGCACGGGACCCGCCAGCCCAGUGUUCUGCAGGACCAGUAGGAGAUGACAUGUUUCACUGGCAAGCCACAAUAAUGGGACCUAAUGACAGUCCUUACCAGGGUGGGGUAUUCUUCUUGACCAUACACUUCCCCACAGACUACCCCUUCAAACCGCCAAAGGUUGCAUUUACCACAAGAAUCUACCACCCAAAUAUCAACAGCAACGGCAGCAUUUGUCUUGACAUCCUGCGAUCACAGUGGUCUCCGGCUCUCACCAUCUCCAAAGUCCUCCUGUCCAUCUGCUCUCUGCUGUGUGACCCAAACCCGGACGACCCCUUAGUACCCGAGAUCGCCCGCAUCUACAAGACUGACAGGGAAAAGUACAACAGAAUAGCUCGGGAAUGGACACAAAAGUAUGCAAUGUAGUGUUGGAGUAGAAUCAUGGCCAACCACCUCUACGACUUAAGGUUAGGGGAGCUUCAGAAGUAAAGAGAAAACAAACAAAAAAAAAAAAAACAUACAAACAAAUGAAAACGUUUAAAACAAGAUCUUGUUGGUUUCCAUUGGAGUGCUUUCUUUGAGCCACGCCGCCCCGUCACCAGAGUACCUAUAAAAAAAAUAAAGAAAUAAUAAAAAUAAAUAAAGAAAAAACCCCUCUGCCCCACACACACACUCAGCUCGCCCGACCUCUGGUGUACAUGUUCUCAACUUGCGAGGGAACACCCCCCUAUCCCCCUAUCCAACCCAUAUACCACCUAUUCCCUCCCUGCCUUGUGACCUCUGACCUCCACAAUACCCUAACGUUUUCUCACCAUGCAGGUUGGGCCGUCACCACCUUCCCCCAGCCCUCCUUUCUCCCUACACACAUACACACACACACACACACACACACACACACACACACACACAAACAAACACACACACACACCUCUACCCUCACUCCAGUCGUUUAUCACUAAAAGCAUUCCUUCGAGCAUCUGUAAAAGCUAGGGGACCUUUUUGUUUUCUUUGUUUUUCUUUUUUUUUUCUUUUGGGGUGGGGUGGGUUGGGGUGGGGGACAUGAGAUGGAGGGAUUUUUAAACUCUGCACCUUUCUUGUUUUGUUUUCCGUAUAAUUCCCAGCUGUAGGGGAUGACAAUUCAAGAAAGCAGUUUUGGCAUGUGGGUUGAGGCGGCACUCUGUAUUUUGUACAAGAAUUACUUCAAAAAUCAUAGCAGGCUAUAUAAAAUGGGGGGGAAAGUGUAUACGGCCUAUUUUGGUCCUCUGUUAUGUUAUGUAAGGACUUGAAUUUCUCCCCACACCUCCCCCACCCUCACUAUUGCCAUUUAACCUAGUUGUCCCCCCCGCCCUUUAUACACACACAACACACAUGCACGCACAACCUCUUAACCCCGUGUCACCACACCUUCUCUACAUUCACAAAGUGGAGGUUAUGGACCAGGUAUUUAAGCAUUUUUCCCCCCCUUAGUUUAACCUGUGUUUUUAUCCCCUACCCCAUCCUCCAUAAGUCUUUAGGUUGCUUUUUUAAAAUUCUUUUUCUUUUCUUUUUUUCUUUUUUUUGUUGCUAUUGUUGAAUUAGAGGCUAACAUCUUAAAAAAAGGCUAUGGGACUGGCUUGGGCUCUGGGUGCGAGGAGAACCCACUCUCCUUGCACAAAACCUCUGUAUAUUGAAUUACCUGAGAGGCUCGUUGAGCUUUGUGUGUUGAUUAAACUGUGUAAUAAAAA